AUGGCUCAAAGCUCCAACCAAAGUAGCUCAGCAUCAACAACAACAACAACAGAUGAUCAUCACAUUGAUGAAGCCUUGGAUUUGAGCCUCACCACAACAACAACAACUUCACCAUUAGCACCGCCACCAGAUGUAGUACUGAAACUAUUUGGUUAUCCAGUCGGCAGUACACAUGAAUGGGCCGGCAAUAUCGACAGCGAAGAGCCUCUUCCUCUCCCUCAUUUUCAUCAUCAUCCUCAAGGCAAAGUUAAUGUGGAAAUUAACAACAUUGACAGGAGAUUCCAAUGCCAAUACUGCCACCGGGAAUUCGCGAAUUCUCAAGCUUUAGGUGGGCAUCAAAAUGCACACAAGAAAGAGAGGCAAAAGAUGAAGAGGGUUCAACUCGUAGCCAACAACAAUCAUGUUGUUAUCAACGGGAACGUUACUAGUUCUAACGUUCCAACUGCGAUCAAUCCCCGGUUCCGAUCAAAGAAUCAUCAUUAUUGGUGUGGAUAUCAUUAUCAUCAACCCAAUUUCCAGCAGGUAUCAGGGAUUCCCCUCAGGCACCAAUUACAUUCUCCAAAUCAUCAUUCCGUUAUGGAAUCCUCAUCAAGAUCUUCUGAUCCUGCAGCUCAUGUCAUGUCUCAGUUCCAUGAUGAAUUGGAUGUUGAUCUUCAUCUAUAA